AUCCUGAGACUACCCACCCAAUCCUGAGUGAUAACUCCCGCUUUGAAGACUCAAAUCCAGGCUUUAGCACUUUUGUCUCUGUAACUUUGAACCAGUGACUGCCACCUGGAAGAACUUUGCCUUUUCUGUAGAAUAGGUAUAACUGUGGUACCUAUUGUGGGAGGUCAGACUAUGCUCCCCAAAUAUGAAGGAUUGUUGAGCUGGAAACAGUUAAGAAACCAGUACAGGAGAGCUCUCUGCCUGCCCUCUAUUAGCCUAAAAUCAGGGCACAGAUUUGAGGAUUAUUAUUACUCCCCUACACCAUCAUAGAGGGCUUCCCAUAGCACCCACUCAAGAAUAUUGUUAUUAUUACAUCAUAUGGUUAAGAUUACUGACAAGCAAAAGUCAAGUGGGUCUGAAAUAGAAUCCAAGACAAGGGGCUGGGCGCGGUGGCUCACGCCUGUAAUCCCAGCACUUUGGGAGGCCGAGGUGGGUGGAUCAUUUGAGGUCAGGAGUUCGAGACCAGCCUGACCAACAUGGUGAAACCCUGUCUCUACUAAAAAUACAAAAAUUAGCCGGCUGUGGUGGCGGGCGCCUGUAAUCCCAGCUACUCGGGAGGCUGACGCAGGAUAAUUGCUUGAACCAGGGAGGUGGAAGUUGCAGUGAGCCGAGAUCACGGCCACUGCACUCCAACCUGGGUGGCAGAGUGAGACUCCGUCUCAAAAAAAAAAGUAAAAAUCCGGGCGUGGUGGCGCGCGCCUGUAAUCCCAUCCACACGGGAGGCUGAGGCAGGAGAAUCGCUUGAACCCAGGAGGCAGAGGUUGCAGUGAGCCGAGAUAGCGCCACUGCCCUCCAGCCUGGGUGAGAGCAAGACUCCUUCCCAAAGGGGGAAAAAAAAUCCAAGACAAGGGAUCCUGAGCAAGCCCUCUCACUCUCCGAACCUCAGUUUCCCCAUCUGUAAUAUGGGGAGAAAGUUCGUAGGGUAAUUCGGAAAGGUCCAAUGCGCACAGAAAGCGCUCAGCACGCGUGAGAAUAGAUACCAUUUUUAUUUGUUAAUUUUAAACAUUCAUUACGUUUAAAAGAAUCAAUGCUACUAUUGUUGUCCCGGACUAGAGGCGGCUUGCGCUGCCGGCUCCAAGCACAGAGCGCAAUUAUGUCCUCCCUUUUGCGGCGCUGCCACCCGCGCAGCCCCCGGCGGAUGCAGGGGAGGUGUGGCCCGCGGAUGGGCGGAGCGAUCUCAGGACUCGCCCCCAAGACCAGUAGGCGGGGCCAGGCGGGGCGCCCGGGCACUCUCGCGCGCGCGCGCGCGGCGGCCCCAGGUACGCGGACAAGAUGGCGGCGGCAGCAGUCGACAGCGCGAUGGAGGUGGUGCCGGCGCUGGCGGAGGAGGCCGCGCCGGAGGUAGCGGGCCUCAGCUGCCUCGUCAACCUGCCGGGUGAGGUGCUGGAGUACAUCCUGUGCUGCGGCUCGCUGACGGCCGCCGACAUCGGCCGUGUCUCCAGCACCUGCCGGCGGCUGCGCGAGCUGUGCCAGAGCAGCGGGAAGGUGUGGAAGGAGCAGUUCCGGGUGAGGUGGCCUUCCCUUAUGAAACACUACAGCCCCACCGACUACGUCAAUUGGUUGGAAGAGUAUAAAGUUCGGCAAAAAGCUGGGUUAGAAGCGCGGAAGAUUGUAGCCUCGUUCUCAAAGAGGUUCUUUUCAGAGCACGUUCCUUGUAAUGGCUUCAGUGACAUUGAGAACCUUGAAGGACCAGAGAUUUUUUUUGAGGAUGAACUGGUGUGUAUCCUAAAUAUGGAAGGAAGAAAAGCUUUGACCUGGAAAUACUACGCAAAAAAAAUUCUUUACUACCUGCGGCAACAGAAGAUUUUAAAUAAUCUUAAGGCCUUUCUUCAGCAGCCAGAUGACUAUGAGUCAUAUCUUGAAGGUGCUGUAUAUAUUGACCAGUACUGCAAUCCUCUCUCCGACAUCAGCCUCAAAGACAUCCAGGCCCAAAUUGACAGCAUCGUGGAGCUUGUUUGCAAAACCCUUCGGGGCAUAAACAGUCGCCACCCCAGCUUGGCCUUCAAGGCAGGUGAAUCAUCCAUGAUAAUGGAAAUAGAACUCCAGAGCCAGGUGCUGGAUGCCAUGAACUAUGUCCUUUACGACCAACUGAAGUUCAAGGGGAAUCGAAUGGAUUACUAUAAUGCCCUCAACUUAUAUAUGCAUCAGGUUUUGAUUCGCAGAACAGGAAUCCCAAUCAGCAUGUCUCUGCUCUAUUUGACAAUUGCUCGGCAGUUGGGAGUCCCACUGGAGCCUGUCAACUUCCCAAGUCACUUCUUAUUAAGGUGGUGCCAAGGCGCAGAAGGGGCGACCCUGGACAUCUUUGACUACAUCUACAUAGAUGCUUUUGGGAAAGGCAAGCAGCUGACAGUGAAAGAAUGCGAGUACUUGAUCGGCCAGCACGUGACUGCAGCACUGUAUGGGGUGGUCAAUGUCAAGAAGGUGUUACAGAGAAUGGUGGGAAACCUGUUAAGCCUGGGGAAGCGGGAAGGCAUCGACCAGUCAUACCAGCUCCUGAGAGACUCGCUGGAUCUCUAUCUGGCAAUGUACCCGGACCAGGUGCAGCUUCUCCUCCUCCAAGCCAGGCUUUACUUCCACCUGGGAAUCUGGCCAGAGAAGUCUUUCUGUCUUGUUUUGAAGGUGCUUGACAUCCUCCAGCACAUCCAAACCCUAGACCCGGGGCAGCACGGGGCGGUGGGCUACCUGGUGCAGCACACUCUAGAGCACAUUGAGCGCAAAAAGGAGGAGGUGGGCGUAGAGGUGAAGCUGCGCUCCGAUGAGAAGCACAGAGAUGUCUGCUACUCCAUCGGGCUCAUUAUGAAGCAUAAGAGGUAUGGCUAUAACUGUGUGAUCUACGGCUGGGACCCCACCUGCAUGAUGGGACACGAGUGGAUCCGGAACAUGAACGUCCACAGCCUGCCGCACGGCCACCACCAGCCUUUCUAUAACGUGCUGGUGGAGGACGGCUCCUGUCGAUACGCAGCCCAAGAAAACUUGGAAUAUAACGUGGAGCCUCAAGAAAUCUCACACCCUGACGUGGGACGCUAUUUCUCAGAGUUUACUGGCACUCACUACAUCCCAAACGCAGAGCUGGAGAUCCGGUAUCCAGAAGAUCUGGAGUUUGUCUAUGAAACGGUGCAGAAUAUUUACAGUGCAAAGAAAGAGAACAUAGAUGAGUAAAGUCUAGAGAGGACAUUGCACCUUUGCUGCUGCUGCUAUCUUCCAAGAGAACGGGACUCCGGAAGAAGACGUCUCCACGGAGCCCUCGGGACCUGCUGCACCAGGAAAGCCACUCCACCAGUAGUGCUGGUUGCCUCCUACUAAGUUUAAAUACCGUGUGCUCUUCCCCAGCUGCAAAGACAAUGUUGCUCUCCGCCUACACUAGUGAAUUAAUCUGAAAGGCACUGUGUCAGUGGCAUGGCUUGUAUGCUUGUCCUGUGGUGACAGUUUGUGACAUUCUGUCUUCAUGAGGUCUCACAGUUGACGCUCCUGUAAUCAUUCUUUGUAUUCACUCCAUUCCCCUGUCUGUCUGCAUUUGUCUCAGAACAUUUCCUUGGCUGGACAGAUGGGGUUAUGCAUUUGCAAUAAUUUCCUUCUGAUUUCUCUGUGGAACGUGUUCGGUCCCGAGUGAGGACUGUGUGUCUUUUUACCCUGAAGUUAGUUGCAUAUUCAGAGGUAAAGUUGUGUGCUAUCUUGGCAGCAUCUUAGAGAUGGAGACAUUAACAAGCUAAUGGUAAUUAGAAUCAUUUGAAUUUAUUUUUUUCUAAUAUGUGAAACACAGAUUUCAAGUGUUUUAUCUUUUUUUUUAAAUUUAAAUGGGAAUAUAACACAGUUUUCCCUUCCAUAUUCCUCUCUUGAGUUUAUGCACAUCUCUAUAAAUCAUUAGUUUUCUAUUUUAUUACAUAAAAUUCUUUGAGAAAAUGCAAAUAGUGAACUUUGUGAAUGGAUUUUUCCAUACUCUUCUACAAUUCCUCCAUUUUAAAUGACUGCUUUUAUUUUUUAAUUUAAAAAAUCUACUUCAGUAUCAUGAGUAGGUCUUACAUCAGUGAUGGGUUCUUUUUGUAGUGAGACAUACAAAUCUGAUGUUAAUGUUUGCUCUUAGAAGUCAUACUCCACGGUCUUCAAAGACCGAAAAAUGAGGUUUUGCUUUUGUAAGCAGGAAAAAAAAAAAAUUAAUGAACCUUAAAAAAAAAAAAAAGGUUUUGAAGGGAAAAAAAGUGGUUUCACACCUCUUGUUAUUCCUUAGAGUCACUUCAAGGCCUGUUUGAAUGUGGCAGGUUAGAAAGAGAGAGAAUGUCUUUCAUUUGAAGAGUGUUGGACUUGUGUGAAAGGAGAUGUGCGUGUUGGAAUCUGCUUUUCCAAGCCGCCAGGGUCCUGACGGCAGCAGGACGAAGCCUGUUGUGGCGUCUUCUGGGAAAGCCUGACCGUGUGUUCAGACGGCACUGGCUCCUUUCCGAAGUUCUCAGUAACUGAGCCCAGAGUAACUGCACGCCUUUGUGCAGCUCUGGAGCUCCACCAACUCUCGGCCUGCCAGUUCUCAAGCGAGCUAAUCUUGUCAUUAAUCGAUAGAAGCUAACUUCCGAAGUUAGGACCUAGUUACUUUGCUCUCAACGUUUAAAAUAAUGCAGUUGCGCUAGUGAAUGGGGCGUUAGGGGCCUGUCUCUGCACCUGUCUGUCCAUCUGCCUGCAGUAUUCUCACCCAUGUUGAAUGCCUGCUGCUUGUUUACCCUUUGGAAACCCUGGGGUGACCAAGGUUUGGAAAGCCACCUGAGACCACUUCAUAGCAAGGGAAGGCUUUAAGCAGUUACUAGAAAGAGAUGGGGAUUUGGCCCCUGGCUCCUCCAGCCUGAAUGAGCUAUUAUCCACUGUCCAUGUUCCUCAUCAGUCAAAUCCAAAGUCAAAGGAUUUGAACCUGCAUCUGGAAAUGUAACCACUCACAGCACCUGGCCCGCCAAGGUUGGGAGGAUUGUACACUACUCUCAUUUAAAGGGGAAAGUUUGAUAAUACGGAAUUAAUUAAUAUGAAUGAGAUGCAUUAAUAAGAACCUGAGCAUGCUGAGAGUUGCAAUUGUUGGUUUUCCGGUUUGAUUGAUUUCCUUUUUUCUUAGACACAUCAAAGUCAAGAAAGAUGGUUUUACCUUUACUGACCCAGCUGUACAUAUGUAUCUAGACUGUUUUUAAAUGUCUUUCUUCAUGAAUGCUUCAUGGGGCUCCAGGAAGCCUGUAUCACCUGUGUAAGUUGGUAUUUGGGCACUUUAUAUUUUUCUAAAAACGUGUUUUGGAUCCUGUACUCUAAUAAAUCAUAAGUUUCUUUUUAAAAAUUUUCCAAAACUUUUCUCCAUUUUAAAAAGCCCUGUUAUAAACGUUGAACUUUCACAAUGUUAAAUAUUUGGAUAUAGCAACUUCUUUUCUCUUCAAAUGAAUGCCAAGUUUUUUUGUACAAUGAUUAAUAAAUGGAACUUAUCCAGAGAAACCACGCAAAUGGCCUGCCCAAUUUCGUUUCAGGACAGAAAGCCCAGCCAUGACUUGAGUAGAAUGUCUCUCACCUCUCUUCGGAUCUAAAUAUGAAAAGUAUGUUCUGCUGAAUUUUUCUGAGCAUUGGUGAGCGGACAGCCUACCUGUAAACCAUGACCUCCUUGCCAAACGUUAAUUUUAUCAGUUCACUAGUAACCUUUGAGAAUUAUCUGGUUGUCAUGCAAAGAUUGCACUUUCUGAAUUAUGUUAAAACACAUGUUGUAAAAUGAGAACUGCUUAUGCUUUGAAAGAAAACCAGGUUCUUCGUG